AUGAGCAAGCGGACGCUCGAGCAGUCCAGGGCAGGUGCAAACAUGUCACCCGAUGCCGAUAAUAAUGGCUUGCUGCCCAUUCAGGACCUGCUCUCUCCUGGCGAGGAGGAGCACGGUCAAUCAUCCGGACCCUCCAAAAAGCCCAGGAACUUCAUUGCUACUGUGGCGUGUGAGACUUGUCGCUUGAAAAAGACGAGAUGCGAUGAAUCGCGGCCGAGGUGUGGACUAUGUAAGUCGCUUGGCCUAGAGUGUGUUUAUAAUGAGCGUAAAUCUUCAAAACGCGACCAAUCUCUUACGAUGAUCAUGAGCACUCUCCAUCGACUGGAGACGAAGUUGGAAAACAUACCAACAUCUAUUUUGAGUGAUCUGCAGUCUCUUCAGAGCCAGAUUCGUCCUCCUACCCAUGAAACGCAGACGCAGCUAUCGCCUGCCUUUGGCGGCGAUGGCAACCAGCCCCUAUCAAUGCUGACCAUCGGGGAUAACUUCACACCUGCGGCAGCUGGGGAUGGAGAUGACUUUGAAUUUGAAGAGAAUCAACCAAAGCCAGACUCUGCAGGCCGGAUCUCUAUCUCUUUCAGUCAGCAUGGUGUCAUCGUGUGGCCUGGAGCAAGACAGAUCCUCCCGAAGCAGUUGCUCGCGGCCUAUGAAAUGCUCGGGAAAAACUAUGUCACUGAACUGGAAUCAGCGCGCCCUCCGCUGCCGAUGUUUACCAGUGCGUAUCCGGUACAAGCGGGAGAUCACUGGUUAGAAGUACUCCCGUUGGCAAUGAUCAGAGGUCUGGCGGAUGCAUUCUUCAGUGUUUUCAACCCCUCCACCCCUAUUAUGGACAAGGGGUUCUUCUUUUCCUUCACUCUUGGUUCAGCCAUCGAAAGUGGCUUUGGAUAUAAUAUAGAGAGCUGUCUAGUGCUUAACGUACUAGCAUUGGGCUGCCUCGCUGUCCUCGCCUACCAAGAAGGAAACUACCCUUUGCCGGGUACUCAGAGCCCUCGAUUUGAACCCCCGGAAUGGAUGGACGUGGUUUACGAAGAGCAGCCUGGACUGCGGUUCUUCAACGAGGCUCGGCGACGUAUCGGCUUCUUGAUGUGCGACAACGAUAUCCAGAGUUGUCAAUUCUACCUUCUUUCCUCUGUAUAUUAUAGCCAGAUUCCCCGUCCGAUCGAUUCUUGGACAAUGAUUUCUCGCGCUGCUACUUGCUGUCUAUCAAUGUUGACGAACCAUAAUGUGAAUUUCGACGAGUGGGAAGGCGAUAUGAAAUCCCGCGUAUACUGGAAUUGUUUAAUGAACGAGACCAUCCUCGUACAAGAGCUGCACCUGCCACCAAGUGGCCUCUCUCGUCUCGAAGAACAAGUCCCAAUUCCCAAAUUCAUCGGCUUCGAAACAACCGGCUACGCCUCAAACCGUUUCAAUCCAUCAAGCGUAGUCGACGACUCAUACUUCCAAUAUCAUUUCCUGGCUCAGGUAGCCCACCGCAUCAUCCUCACGCGGAUCCGCCAUUCCCUUUACUUCUAUUCGGACUCAGGAACCUUCCCCCUCCCGGCAAUAACCACUGAGCUGCACCAUCAACUAGAACAAUGGCGCACCAACCUCCCAGCAACAAUCCAAUUCAACAACGCCUCUUACUCAUCACACCCAACCCCAGCAACACCCUCCAUCCACCCCUCCCCGUCCGCCUCAAUAGCAUCUCCGGCCCACCUCUCAUCCCCAAGAUCAAGACAUACAGUUCCCAACCAGCCCCUCUCCCCAGCAAUAGCAGUAGCAGACGCCAUGCUAAAAGGCCGGCACAUGAUCGCGCGCUUCCACAUCGGCCGCCCGUAUUUAUACAAAGCUCUCCGAAUCCCGCAUCUUCUAACAGAUGAAGACUUUGUGCAAGUGCGAAGCGGUCUCCAGAACGCAAUGGACUGGCCGAUCACUCAGGGCAUCUUCCGGAAAAUGAAGAGCUGUAUUCCGAUUAGGUUUGCUUUUUGCUCGCAAUUCUUUGGCCAAAUCCUGCUCUUCUAUUGCAUAGCCCAUUCACCAAGUGCACAUCUCCGUGAGACACUGCCGGACGGCUGGGAACGCUGGAAUGAGGAGAUGCUAGGGUUUCUGGAGGACUGUGCGCCGCACAGUCCGGCCGUUGCGCAGGAUCUGGAACUGCUGCGGUAUCUAUGGCCUGAGAACUAG